AUGGCCUCCGCACCAGAGUACCAGGACGCGGCGAGCGCGCAGCACCGCUUCGACCCCAACUUCACCGAUGCAGUCAUCAACGCCAUCGGCCCCAAGGUCGACGACCGCACCCGCUUCGUCAUGGGCCGCAUGAUCCGCCACCUGCACGACUUCAUCCGCGAGGUCGAGCUGACCAACGAGGAGUGGUUCGAGGGCGUGCGCUUCGUCAACAGCAUCGGCAAGACCACCACCGCGAGCCGCAACGAGGCCCACCGCAUCUCCGACGUCUUGGGCGUCGAGUCAUUGGUCGAUGAGAUCGCCCACAAGCACAUCAACGAGUCCGGCGAAGCCCCCACAUCGUCCACAAUCCUCGGCCCCUUCUGGUCGCCGCACUCGCCCUUCCGCGAGCUCGGCGACAGCAUCAUCACCGACCCGCACCCCGACGGCCAGGUCACGCUCAUGCACGGCGUGGUGCGCGACCUGGACACCAAAAAGGGCAUCCCCAAUGCCGUCAUCGACAUCUGGCAGGCCAGCGCCAACGGCAAGUACGACUUCCAGGACCAAGAGAACCAGAAGCCGAACAACCUGCGCGGCAAGUUCACCACAAACGAAAACGGCGAGUACUGGUACUACUGCUACAAGCCGACGGCCUACUCGCUGCCCAUGGACGGCGCCGCCGGCCAGCUGUUCCGCACCCUCGACCGCCACCCCUUCCGCCCGGCGCACAUCCACCUGAUGGUCACGGCCGAGGGCUUCAAGCCGCUCAUCACCCAGCUGUACCCGCGCGACGACCAGUGGGUGCAGAACGACACCGUCUUUGCUGUCAAGGACGACUUGCUGCUCGACUUUGAGCCCAGCAAGGACGACAAGGCAAAGUACGAUCUCACCUACGACGUGACGCUUGCGCCGACGGGCAAGAAGACGGGGCGUCUCGAGGGCAUCCCCCGCCUGCCCAAUGUCUUUGACGAGUCGAGCCGGUUACUCUUCACACGCACCACCACCAUCGGCUCGAACCUCCUCCCCUGCCGCACACCCCACCGCACACUCACCCGCACCCCGCACCCCAAAAUGCGCGUCCCCUACGCGCCCUCCACCGCCCCGACCGAGGAAGCAAAACCAGUCUACGACCGCAUCGCCCUCCGCCGCGCCCCACGCCCCCUAAUCCCACUCGACCUGGCCCUCCUCCACAACCCCGCCGUCGCAGACGGAUGGUCGAGUUUCAUCGGCGCGAUACGCACCCAGACCUCUCUUCCCGAGGGACUGAAGGAGCUAGCCAUCGCGCGCAUAGCGAGUCUUAAUGGCGCAGUGCAUGAGUGGGAUGUUCACGCUGCUCUUGCGCUGAAGGCGGGGGUUAGUCAGGAUGUGAUGGCGGUUGUGCUUGAGUUGCCUUGUACUUCGUCCUCGACAUCGAGCCCCGCAGAGGGAAGCGAAGAUGAGAUGGGUUUGCAUGCGCUGGGCGAGCAAGAGAGAGCGGUGCUGAGGUACACGGACCAGAUGACCAUUGGGGUGCAUGUCGACGACGCCGUGGCCGCGGCGCUGAGGCGGGUGCUGGGCGAUGUGCAGACGGUCGAGCUGACGGCGACGGUGGCGGCGUAUAAUUGCGUCACCCUAGCCCCCCGUCUGCUCACACGCACCCUCCGCCACGCACCACGCCUGCCUUCCCUCUCCGCCGUCCGUCACGCCUCCACAAAGCACCCCCAGGGCUUCACACCCCCGUCACAAGCCGACCUCGACGAGCUGCGCGAGAGCGUGCAAGACUUCGCACGCCGUGAGAUCCCCGAGGAACUCGCUGCCAAGACCGACCGCGAGAAUGCCUUCCCCAACGACAUGUGGCAGAAGUUCGGCGAAGCUGGGUUCCUCGGCAUUACCGCGUCUGAAGAGUACGGCGGCCUCGCGAUGGGGUACCAGGCACACUGCGUCGUCAUGGAGGAGCUGAGCAGAGCGAGCGGCAGCAUUGGGCUCAGCUAUGCGGCACACAGUCAGCUGUGCGUCAAUCAGCUCAUGCUCAACGGCAACGAGGAGCAGAAGAAGAAGUACCUCCCCGGCCUGAUCAGUGGGGACCAGAUCGGCGGGCUGGCCAUGAGCGAGCACAGCGCGGGCAGCGAUGUGGUCAGCAUGAAGACGACGGCCAAGGAGGUCGACGGGGGGUACUUGCUGAACGGGACGAAGAUGUGGAUCACGAACGGCCCAGACGCACACACGAUCGUCGUGUACGCCAAAACAGAACCCACCGCCGCCUCCAAGGGCAUCACAGCCUUCAUCGUCGACACAUCCACCAAAGGCUUCAGCGUCGCCAACAAGCUCGACAAGCUCGGCAUGCGCGGCUCCAACACGGGCGAGCUCGUCUUCGAAGACGUCUUUGUACCCAAGGAGAACAUGCUCGGCCAGCUCAACCGCGGCGUCCGCGUGCUGAUGGAAGGCCUGGAUCUCGAGCGCCUAGUCCUCUCCGCUGGGCCCCUGGGCCUAAUGCAAGCCUCCCUCGACGCAGCGUUGCCGUACACGCACCAGCGACGCCAGUUCGGCGUGCCCAUCGCGCACAACCAGCUCGUCCAGGGCAAGCUGGCGGACAUGUACACUAAGUACCGCGCCUCCGCCUCGUUUACAUACAGCGUUGCGCGCGCCGUGGACGAGUCGCACGCCGAUCCCGUUAUCAAGACGCAGGACUGCGCCGGCGCGAUCCUGUACGCCGCCGAGCGCGCUAGCGAGGUCGCUGCUGACGCCGUCCAGCUCAUGGGCGGCAUGGGGUAUAUGAAUGAGGUCCCUGUCGGCAGAAUACUACGGGACGCCAAGCUUUAUGAGAUUGGCGCGGGGACGAGCGAGGUGCGGAGGAUGGUCAUUGGUCGUGCGUUUAAUAAGGAGUGGAAGCAGGACAUUUAG